UUCUGUUUUCCAAAUUGGGUCAAGCCCAGCGAGUGGCGCUGCGCAUGCGCAGACUUGCCGCCCCCUGUAUAUCCAGUGCCAUAGCAACCGGAGCAGGCGUCAGCCAUCAACAUGGCAAAAGCAACGACUGUGAAAGAAGCCCUGGCCAAAUGGGAGGAAAAGUCGGGGGAGAAGGCCAGUGACGCGAUAGCGAUCAAGCUGUAUUCUCAGCUCCCUCCUAUAGAGAAGAUGGAUGCGUCCCUCGCCACGCUCACCAACUGCGAAAAGCUGUCUCUGUCCACAAACUGCAUUGAGAAAAUAACCAAUCUCAACGGCCUGAAGAAACUGAGAAUAUUGUCAUUGGGAAGAAACAAUAUAAAGACAAUCUCAGGGCUGGAUGCAGUCGGUGACACACUAGAGGAGUUGUGGAUCUCCUAUAACUUGAUAGAAAAACUGAAGGGAAUCAACUGCAUGAAGAACCUGAAAGUCCUCUACAUGUCCAACAACCUGGUGAAAGACUGGGGAGAGUUUGUGAGGCUAGCUGACCUACCAUGUCUCUCGGACCUGGUGUUUGUUGGAAACCCUCUGGAGGAGAAGUAUUCAGCUGAGGGAACUUGGCUCAGUGAAGCCUCUAAAAGGGUUCCUAAACUGAAGAAAAUAGACGGAACUCCAGUCAUCAGACAGGAAGAGGGUGAAGCAGAUUAACAGACCUGAGAAGUUGUCAUGUUGCUUUUCUUUAUAUAGAAUAUGAUUUUUACAACAGCAAAGACUCGGUUGUAGACCAACAAGCACAGAUAACCAACAAAUACACAAAAUGGGCCUCAUGCAUGAACCGUUCGUACUAACAGAUUUGUUCUUAAAUCGUGAGUACGAGUGAUUUAGGAGAACUUUCCACAUUAACCAUUUUUUUCCGAUUUUGAGAUUUCUUUCAAAUUAGCACAGAAUUUAGGAGUCACCUUAAUUAGUCUGAUGUAAAUCAAACCAAGUUUUUUCCACUUUCGGGUCAUGGUUUUGUCACUUUGAACCAAUUAUAAGUAUAUAAAUUAAAUUUAAUGAAAAUAUAUAAAUUUCACCUUACUAUUUUGACAUUAUACUGUUUAAUUCCGCAAUUAGAAUUAGAAUUUAUUUCUACAUGUAUACAUAUUCCUGUUAAACGUUGUUGCGCAAUGGCCAGGGGAGCGCACGUCUUUGGCAGUUGGCAUGCUUGUUGAGCAGGGGCGCACGGAGUUGCUGGCUUGACAUGUCAGUUGUUAAUUGUCGCCAUUCAAACUAUUACCAUACCAACUUCAGAUCAUUUGUUUAAACCUCACUCAAAUUUGAUCAUGAGUCAACCCGCAGACGAGACAGGAGGGUUCAUACAACAAGCGGUACAUGCGCACUUCAUCCAUAACAGUGACAGAGACUUCACCUAGACGACCUUGCAGUCAUCGAUUGCCUUUUUGUCGAGAGUGUUGUUGUUGUUUUUUAACCAAAUUCAUAUCGGUUCAUUUCAUCUUUUUUUCAUUGGCAGUGCGACUCACAGGUGACUUAGUAUUAACAGCUCUGCUUCAGUCCGUCACUUGACUCCUACUGACGCUGCUAAGAUGUACACUUUCAUUUCAGGAUCUGUGAAAACAGAACUUCAAUCUCCGAUCUCGUAAACUUCUACUUUUUACAAUUGAAUGCCUUUUUCUUGAAUGAAGUCCUCCUGACAUGUGGCAGGAAACCAAACCUUGUAUGAUAUUUUGGUGCAUUGAUUACACUUAUUUGGAAUACUUGUGCCCGCUCGCUGAAAUAAGCACAGGUGAUUAUCUUGUUUACGCACGUAACUGACACACUUUUCGAAAGAUAGAACUGUUUGUUAAAUCCGACGUGGCCUGUUCAUACGAACUCACGGUACGAACAAAUGUAAGAAAAAUUUAGGAUAAGAAUACAAACGCUUGCAUGAGGCCCAAUUUGUAUGUUUUAGAGUUUAAAACAAAGUAUAUUAAACUGACAAUACCUUCGGCCUGGAGAGUUUGGGAAUAGAAAAGGGUUUUUUUCAAGAGCCUUUAAGUGGAACUACAUUUUAAGCACAUUUCCUAAUAUUGAAGCUUAUACAAUUGUUUUAUAGUGUCUUUGAUAUUAUAUGCAUCUUAGUUCUUUUACCAAGUACCAAAGCACAGUGUCGCACACAGACUAGUGAUCAGGUAACUAUUAACUAACUCUAUGCUGCUGGACCUUCUCCAGCCUAAUAGGACUUGACUGUAAAUACCUGACACUGAUUCUCAGUCAAUAAGACCUCUGUGGAGAAAUGGCCAAGUACAGAUUAAGAUAAAAUGGAUUAUGCUACAUUGACAUGACAUUGGACCAAACAGUGGAGCACCUGAUGGGAAAGAGGUGACAUUUUAUGUCAACCACAAAUUAAAAAUCCAUUAAAUAGUUACAUCUUGCCAGGCUGCUUUAACCGCGCACUGUGUUUUCCUGUUUGUUAUCAGAAUUCAGGAUUAGCUGAAAUCGAUGGUAGUAAGCAGUAGUAGUAGUUAAAAUAAAAGGUUACGUUUGUGUGUGUACUAUACUUCUCAUGGGACAUGAAGUGGUCAUCUACAGUUACAUUAAAACAGCCCUCUCAGCCAACAAAAAUAAGAGGGAAAACUCACAUGACCAAGAAACCUGCACAGCUCUGUUUGGUACUGUGUUGUUCGAUAUCGUCCUGGCUUUAUACUGUCAUACUGAUGUCAUGUGCUAUAUGUUCAAAUGUGAUUAUAUCCAGAUUUGAUAUGAGUAUGCAAUAUUAUAAUGUGUAAUAUCUAUUAUUUCGAAGGGCAAAAACCAAUGACCAAUGUUUGUUAAUUUAUUUUUCAGUUUUCAGUUAUUUUGGGUAUGUUUCUUCUUAAAAUUGUAAGAUGUGUAUGAUUUUUAAUGACUUAUAAUAUUUUUGAAUAAAUGCUGUUGAUGCGA